CUCUGAUUCCAUCAACACGUGCCACUCGUUCCUUAUACUUGACAACUGUAUUUCCCAGCACCAGAAUCCUCCCAUCCAUGCCACCAAAUCAGGUCAUUUCAACCAGACACGAACUCAAGUUUUAAAAAGGUCGCACAAAACGACGACGGUUCUGCCCGACGCCGACGACCCCACAUGAUACUAUUAUCCCAAUCUCCUCCCUCACUUGGUUCACCUUCCAACACAUUUGUCACGUCGAUUCAAAGGGUCCCACCUUAUCAUCACCGCCUGUCACGCUACAAAUCUGAACGCCCACUUAGAGUAGCCCGCCCCGCAUACCAAAGCCCUCCCCCACUCACACUCAGCCAAAUAAGAAUAUAAUACGAAAAUAAAAAAGAAAAAUCAAACAGUUAUUCUCCUUCUCUUUAUUAUUAUUAAUUAUUAUUCGUCGUCUUCAACCUGGCGCAGCCUUCACUCACUUUUUUCCACUAUGAAACUCUGAAAUGAGAUCAAAAUAACAUAACACAAAACGCAAAACCCUAAUCUCUGCAAUUCCUGUGCGUGGAAAGGUUCGAGAAUGGUUUCGCUGGAGGAAUCUCGCUCGAAUUCGAGCCGUUUCCCCUUGGCGAGGAGUUACCAGUACCACUCCUCGGUUUCGUCCAAAACGCAGCGUCAAAUUGGAAGGUCCAUGCGCACUAUACGCUCCAAUUUCUUCCAAGACGACAACAGCAGCAGCUGCUCCUUCACCGAGAAAUCCACGUGUCUCUCGGAAAACCUCACCGACUCCGUCGUCGACCUCCGUCUCGGCGAGCUGGCGCUGCGGAACAGCAAAUCGGUGAAAUACUCGCCGACGGAGGAGGAGCUCCUCGAUUUGUCGCAGGCCUUCAGCGACUUCUCCGCCUGCAGCAGCGACAUCUCCGGCGAGCUGCAGCGUCUGGCCACGCUGCCGUCGCCGAAGAAGAGCGACUUCUCCGGCGAGAACGAGGCGCCGGAGCCGGAGAUUGAGCCCUGCAUGGGGUUCCUGCAGAGGGAGAAUUUCUCUACGGAGAUCAUCGAGAGCAUUUCGCCGGAGGAUCUCCAGCCGACGGUGAAGAUGUGCAUCGACGGCCUCCAGUCGCAGUCGGUGGCGGUGAAGCGCUCCGCCGCGGCGAAACUCCGCCUACUCGCAAAAAACCGCGCCGACAACCGCGUUCUGAUCGCGGAGUCCGGCGCCGUCCCCGUCCUCGCUCCGCUUCUCCGGUGCAGCGAUCCGUGGACGCAGGAACACGCUGUCACCGCGCUGUUAAACCUCUCUCUCCACGAGGACAAUAAAAUGCUGAUAACCAAUGCCGGAGCAGUGAAGUCUCUGGUUUAUGUUCUAAAGACCGGAACCGAAACUUCGAAGCAGAACGCGGCGUGCGCGCUUCUAAGCCUUGCUUUGGUGGAAGAGAACAAGAGCUCGAUCGGGGCUUCAGGUGCGAUACCGCCGCUGGUUUCUUUGCUUCUGAAUGGUUCGAGCAGAGGGAAGAAGGACGCGCUGACGACGCUUUAUAAGCUCUGUUCGGUGAGGCAGAACAAGGAGAGAACGGUGAGUGCCGGCGCGGUGAAGCCGCUGGUGGAGCUAGUGGCGGAGCAGGGGAGCGGCAUGGCGGAGAAGGCCAUGGUGGUGCUGAAUAGCCUGGCGGGGAUUCAGGAAGGGAAAAAUGCGAUUGUUGAAGAAGGUGGAAUUGCUGCUCUUGUGGAAGCUAUUGAGGAUGGGUCUGUGAAAGGGAAGGAAUUUGCGGUUUUGACACUUCUUCAGCUCUGUGUUGAUAGUGUCAGAAACAGAGGGUUUCUUGUUAGGGAGGGUGGGAUUCCUCCUCUCGUUGCUCUUUCUCAAACUGGGAGUGUUCGAGCUAAGCACAAGGCUGAAACACUUCUUCGAUAUUUGAGGGAAUCAAGACAAGAGGCAGCAUCUACUUCAAGUUCUUAGACAAGUGAUUACAUUGCUACUUGGGAAGUUGGUAAUUAUACAAUGUAAUUGGUUGUUGUAUAUAUAGUGUUUUUGAUGGUUUGUACAGUGUGGUUAAGAUAGUUGGAAUUGGAACCGUGUUUAUUGAAGUUAGAAGAAGCUAGCGAUCUAUAGACUGACCCUUUAGAUGUAUGAAUAUAGCUAGGUUUGGGAGUUUGCUUUCCCUUGUUUCGAUUUGCUGGUGUUUCCUGGAGUUACAUGGUUGUCUUUUUCGGGUUGAUUAGGUUCCCUUUUGUUUAGAUGACCCUAGUUUUGUGAAAAGGGUUUCUGAUUGUAUUAUUGUAUGGUAAUUAAUUUGCGCUCGUAAUGAAAGUACGGAGCUUGUACUGCAAAUCCAGGAAUGUUUGUGGCCAUAAUUUCUCGAGUCAGCACAGCUUGAGUUUCGUUUAUUUGAUUUGAUACUGUGUAUUGGACAGUCUAGAUCAACUGGAGUGUGGUGUUUUUGGCGAUUCAACUGUUACUCUGAAAACGUAUACAUAUUUUUCAUGCCCA